UCGGACAUCCAUUGAGUACCCGACCAAAAAGCACCUUUGAUGAAUGAUGGCCAGCAGCGGCGCGACACGAGUGACACUGCCCUUGGAGCCGCUACCGAUCAGCCCCAGCUCGCUGUCAGGCCGACGACAGCUGCCGCGCUUGCACCUGCCAUGCACGGCACCGGCAGUACAGCCAAAGGCAGAGCGGGCGAUCACGGUGGCAACCCCUGCUUCCUUCGAAGAGGAGGCACAUUUGAAGUCCAUGGGCCACUUCCAAGACGCCUUCAAGCUAGGCAGUUCAUUCCACAGAAGCUCUCGGGACCACGAAACGACACCGGUAGGGACAUGUGAGUUCUUGGGCUCCGGCAGCAUGUCGGUGGUCCGGAGGUGUGUGCGCCGGUGUGACGGCCAGAUCUUCGCUGUGAAGUGUGUCACUGCGGUGGACGAGGAGGUCAGGCAGUUUACUCGGGACGAGUAUGAGCUGGUGCGCGCUUUGCGGCAUCCGGCGAUCAUUACCUUUCGGGCCUGGUUUGAAGGCCCGGUGUCCGCGUGGAUCGUCAUGGACCUUUGCAGCGGUGGAUCGCUGGAGUCCUUUGUACGCCGUGAGGGCGCGAUGCGAGAGUGGCAGGUGCAGGACUUGGGCUUUCAGCUCAUCCGGGGUGUGGAUUAUCUGCACCACAAGCGGGUGGUGCAUCGCGACCUAAAGCCCGCCAACCUGCUCUUGCACAGACCGGUGGCUUCCGCAGCGCCCUCGCCGGCCCACGGCUUUGAGUGCAGAGGUUUUCCAGGGGAGCGCUCGCCCGGGGAGUCGCUGCCGUGGCUUCUGAAGAUUACGGACUUCAACAGCGCCAAGCGCGUGGGCGCGUCGGGGAACGGUUUACUCCUCACCGACCGCGGCACGCAGCUCUUUAAUGCGCCAGAGCUGAGGUUUGGACGCCUUUGGAACGAGCGCAUUGACAUUUGGGCCUCCGGGCUGUGCCUCUACUUUAUGCUGGCCAAGCAUGUGCCCUUCAACAUUGGAGAUCCGAAGGUGGCGGAAUCACUGCUGGCAGGAAAGCUGCCAGCUGUGGAUUGGAGCAUCAUGUCGCCUUUGGCGGGCAACUUGAUCAGGCAGUGCCUCUUUGUGGAUCCCUGCGACCGGCCCACCGCCAUGGAGCUGCGCUUGCAUCCCUUCUUUGGCAGCAAGCACAGGUCCGAUUCCAGGGGUUCGACCCUUGAAGCCGUGGAUGCCAAGUACUUUGAGGGGGUGCUCGACCGAAAGGAUUCCAAGGGGCUUGCUGACCGAAGGGAGUCCAAGGAUUCCAGCACCUCGAGCUUUACGGCGAGCCGCCGGAUUUCCCUUGAGAUCCCAUCCUUCGAGCCUUCUGUGCUCGUUCAGUCGUGCGGCCUGAUCUUCGGUGCGGCUCAGGGAGGCCAUCUGGCAGGCCGGGAGGCCCGCUGGAACCGGGGCUCUGUGUGGCUGGAGGUGGAGGGGCAGCUGCAACGGGCCGGCGCGCGAAGUGGAAGCAAAGUUGGGCGCGCGAGCCCUCUCUUCCUCGGCGGCCGGAGCUUUCCCAGUUUACAGCUGCCACUGCAGCCUCCCAGGCGAAACAAUGGCAGUUCCGCACGAAUGCGGAGUCACAGCAUGUACCUCAGCACGCCGAAGGCGUGCGACGCCAUUCCCAGGUCCCCGCAGCAGUCAGCGAGCCACAGCGAGCUGAAAGAGCCCAGAAGCUUCGACGUGCUGCUGCGCAUGGCCAGUGACAAGUUCCGGCAGAUGAACGCCUUGCUCCAUGAGGAGGUGCAUCCUCCCGAGCUUCCGGCAGUACCAUCUGCCACCGAGGAGAGUCUCUGGUGGAUGAGCUGCCCCCCAACUACCUGGGUGAUCCGCACCCGGACUUGGAUCCUGAGGAAGAUGCGCCUCCGGAAGACCCCCCGCCGCCAGUGCCGCCGGCUGCCUUACGAUGAAGCUGUUCUUCAGGUUCUGGUCGCAGCUGUGCAAUCUGCCCUGGAGGCGCGCUUGAGGCCGAUGCGCUUCCCUGAGGGACGCGCAGCCGCUGCAAACCUUUGAGCCAUGGUCAAGAGACGCAUGGAAUGCUUUUG